AUGCCAGAAACUAAGGCGCAAAGAACUAGUCCUAAUUCGAUCUCUCCAGAUCAGAUGCCAGAAACUAAGGCACAAAGAACUAGUCCUAAUUCGAUCUCUCCAGAUCAGAUGCCAGAAACUAAGGCACAAAGAACUUGUCCUAAUUCGAGCUCUCCAGAUCAGAUGCCAGAAACUAAGGCACAAAGAACUAGUCCUAAUUCGAUCUCUCCAGAUCAGAUGCCAGAAACUAAGGCGCAAAGAACUAGUCCUAAUUCGAGCUCUCCAGAUCAGAUGCCAGAAACUAAGGCACAAAGAACUAGUCCUAAUUCGAGCUCUCCAGAUCAGAUGCCAGAAACUAAGGCACAAAGAACUAGUCCUAAUUCUAGCUCUCCAGAUCAGAUGCCAGAAACUAAGGCACAAAGAACUAGUCCUAAUUCGAGCUCUCCAGAUCAGAUGCCAGAAACUCAGGCGCAAAGAACUAGUCCUAAUUCUAGCUCUCCAGAUCAGAUGCCAGAAACUAAGGCGCAAAGAACUAGUCCUAAUUCGAGCUCUCCAGAUCAGAUGCCAGAAACUCAGGCGCAAAGAACUAGUCCUAAUUCUAGCUCUCCAGAUCAGAUGCCAGAAACUCAGGCGCAAAGAACUAGUCCUAAUUCGAGCUCUCCAGAUCAGAUGCCAGAAACUAAGGCACAAAGAACUAGUCCUAAUUCGAGCUCUCCAGAUCAGAUGCCAGAAACUAAGGCACAAAGAACUAGUCCUAAUUCUAGCUCUCCAGAUCAGAUGCCAGAAAAUACAAAUUUGACACUUACUUCUUCAUGA